AGUUAACAGCCCGGGAGACGAGCAGAGAGCUCAGCACCACUUCGCCAGCCACGGGGAGAGAUGGGCAUGGCGGAGGGGAUGAUGCGAUGCCGGUGCAUGGCACUGCUCGUGCUCGUCGGCGUUGCUGCCUCAGCGGUAUCGGCCGUCAGCGACGGCCUACUACCGAACGGCAACUUCAAGGACGGGCCAGCCAAGUCCGAGCUGAACGGCACGGUGGUGAUGGGGCGCCACUCCAUACCCAACUGGGAGAUCUCGGGGUUCGUCGAGUACAUCCAGUCGGGGCACACGCAGGGAGGCAUGAUGGUGGCGGUGCCGGAGGGCGCCUCCGCCGUGCGCCUGGGCAACGACGCGUCCAUCCGGCAGAACAUCAGAGUCACGCGGCGCGCCUACUACUCCGUCACCUUCAGCGCGGCGCGAACCUGCGCUCAAGCCGAGAAGCUCAACGUUUCCGUCGCCGCGGAUUCCGGGGUGCUCCCCGUGCAGACCGUGUACAACAGCGGCGGCUGGGAUUCCUACUCGUGGGCCUUCAGGGCCAUGCACAGCGCCGUGUGGCUCGCCAUCCACAACCCCGGCGUCGAGGAGGACCCGGCGUGCGGCCCCGUCAUCGACGCCAUCGCCAUCAAGACCCUCCAGCCUCCCACGAAAACCAAAGGUAAUAUGCUCAGGAAUGGUGACUUUGAGGACGGACCGUACAUCUUCCCGGACUCGCCGUGGGGGGUUCUGGUGCCGCCGAUGGACGAGGACAGCUGCUCGCCGUUGCCGGGAUGGAUGAUCAUGUCGAGCACCAAGGUGGUCAAGUACGUGGACGCGCCGAGGUACAGGGUGCCGCACGGCGCGCGGGCCGUCGAGCUGGUGGCCGGAAGGGAGGCCGCGCUGGUGCAGGAGGUGAGGACCGUGGCCGGGCGAUCGUACAGGCUGCAGUUCUACGUCGGGGAUGCGGCCAACGGGUGCAAGGAGUCCAUGGUCGUCGAGGCCUAUGUGGCGGCGGCGAGCCUGAAAGUCCAGUACCAGUCCCAGGGCAAGGGCGGGUACAGGCGCGCCAUGCUCGAUUUCGUGGCCGUUGGGAACCUCACGCGCGUGGUGUUCCAGAGCCUUCACUACCACAUGAAGGUCGACGGCACGCUCUGCGGGCCGGUCGUGGAUGACAUCUCUCUCGUCAGCGUGCACAAGCGCGCGGCUCGCCGACUAUUCAUGUGAACUUGAUUGGUCCAUGCACGAUGCAGCAACUAAUCGCUUCUGGAAGAGUGGAAGUAAGAGCUGACAUGAGUAGGGAAAUUUAGACUGUUGCUCAUUUGAUUAAUGUAGGCCGCCGGAGGUCUGUCUGACCGGAGAGCGGACGUCCUGCUCGCGGCAAUCUGGCAUUGACUCUCAGAUAAGAAUGUGGGUCAGAAACCAUUCCAGAGCUAUCUGGAAUAUUAGUGUGUUUGGUAGGCUGCAUCGUUCUUAAGUUAUUUGCAUUUGUGACUGAGUAAACGAGUUGGAUAUGGGCAUAUGGCUAAGUAAACACACGCAUAA